AUGCCGCGCGCAGUAAGAGGAGUGCUCAUCGAGUGCGAUCCGUCCGUCAAGGCCAUUAUCCUCAAGUACGACGAAGAGAGACACGACUAUAUUGUGGAGGAUCUAGAUGACGACCGCCAUCUUGUCAUCAAGGAGAGCCAGUUACAGAAUUUGAAGGAAAGACUGGGAAGGGAACUCGAUGAGAAGGUUAUGCAACCUGAAGAAUCCGAGUCGGAGUAG